CGAACAAAACAUUCAAUGUGAUUAAAGUACAGCAAUCCUUUCUUCGUCCGAAGAAUUCAUUCCACGCUAGAACAUGGCUCUUCUCACUGCGUUGACAGUUGUCGGACUAGUCCUGACAGUUUCUGCCGUCGACGUUCCCGUGACCACCAGAUACUUGACGACUGAGGUCACCACGCUUGCGCAGAACUCCACAAUAACCCUGAUCGGGUACCUAUGCGGCGAAGGUAAGGGAGAAAUGGUGAACAUCACUGUCGUGCUGAACAACAACCCCAAAUGGAUUCUUGACAUCGGUGUGCUGUAUUACUACGCUGUAGAUUCGCCCCAAAAGGGCAAGGCGGACGCCCUCUGUACCAACAUGAACCAGGGCGCGCCGUGGCCGUACUGCACCGUCAAGUCCUGGCCGUCUGCAGGAGACUUGUACAUCAAAGGUCGCACGGGGCCCGUGGCGGCGGUGAGUUUCAGCUUGGAUGCGGAGCGACUCAGGAUGGGAGUGUCUGCAUCAGUCGGCCUGAAGAAACCUACCGCGACACAGUGGCUUCCUCCUGCCGAUCGUCUGCCCCAUGUGCUCCCGGGACUGAAGCUCAAAGAAGACAAGACGGUCAACCUGACCGAGGUCAUCACGCUGAUGGCCUCCGAGGCCGUGCCCAGGCUUCAAGAAGCCCAUCUCAACUUCACCUUCUGCCCGAACCAAUUCACCGGCUCGCAGUACACCAUCACCGCCACGGUGAUGGGCACGGACGGUGAAAGCUCCUGGGCCCAGUAUCUCUGUGACAAGUAUCCGUGUGAGCUGAGUCAUCCCACCAACAUCGUCGCUUUUAACGGCAGACAGCUACCCAGCAACACCGUGAUUACCGCAGGAGGGCAGUGGACGCAGAUGUACGCCCUCGUUGUUUGCUGGGGUGGGCCUUACGACAACAAGACUGGCCUGUACACGGGCCAUUUCCAGUUCAAUGCGGUUGCAAACCGCCAGUAGUGAAAACAGACAUUCCGACGCCGAUAAAGCUAACAAGACGCUGAACGACACCACCUUUAUCAAGUUAUAUUCAUUAGUAUUUCGAAUAUGAUUUGGAGGACACAAUUUUGAACGACUCGCUGGGAUUGUUAAACGAAAACCUUUUACUGUAAUUACUGCAAGUGAUUUUUAGUUCUGUCGGAAGUGUUUUUAAUCACUUCCGUUUCCUCGUAACUAAUUAACAGAAUUCUUUGAAACCUAUGACUCCUUUGAAAUCAAAACUAAAACAAAGGUAUGCAAGGAAGUUACAUUUCCUUUUAUCGAAUGGCACGGGAGACGUUUAAGACGCUUGAUUGCUGCACGAGAUAGUGUUGGCCAGUUUUACAUUGUAGUACCCUUCCAACUUCCGUGUCUUUGAGACAGAAACAUUGGACAGCCGAUCAUAAACAUGCAUUCAUUUCGUGCUGGUCUUACCACACCAGUCUAAAACAGCGUGUUUCGGUCUGAGCAUGUGCACCUUAGUUCGAGCACACGACAGUAACACGGUCACGUGAGACCGUUUUGUUUUACCCCCAACAAGCAUCUGGACGUCUCCCACUGCUAAACAAAGAGAUCGGAGUGAGAUUAUCAUGAAACGCACUUUGACAAAAUGUAAUUAAUUCAGGAAAACUAAUAAUCAAACUCUUGCACAACGUCGUAAAGGUCUUCGUUUUUUUUUUUCCUUUUUCAUUUCGAUAUUUCAUUUACUCAGAAUUUCAGUUCCCCAGUUACCUUUAUGGCUCUGUGCCUGCGGCAUAUUAUUUUUAAUUUCCUCAUUUUGCUCAAUGCGAAAGAAUUAAGCGAUUAGUGAGCGCCUAUCAAUUGGAGCGAUGGCCUUUACUUGGUCGAGCUAUAGUUUUUAAUCGACAACCUCGACCUUCCGGGUGCUUUUUAUUAACCUACAGUUUUGCGCUUCAUUGGUAACUUCCAUGUGCAUCUGCUUCUGAAAAGUUAUUGCACAGAAAACACCUCAAAAGAAAAGGCAGGUCACCAGCCAAAAUCCAAUAUUGUGUGUAUACUAAAUUGCUACCUGGCUAAGUUUGGUAAUCUUUUAAAGUUGUUUUGCAUUUAAUUUUUCUUGUUUGGCAGUUUUGGGUCUGCGUAAACUCAAUUGUGUGUUCGUCUUGGAAGCCUGAUUAAGUAACAAUGAGAUAAGAGGCUACGGCCAUGUCUGAAACGUGCUACUGACAAAAAAAGAACCCCUGGUAUUGGUCUAUUGAAUGCGCAUCUCUUCGAAACUCCAGAGGACCUAGCUCUAAACAAUAGAUUCGUAUGCAGCCAAAACCAGUGAGCCGUAUAGACAUUUUCACUGAUAAAUUCAUAAUUAUGCACGCAUGCUCACAGCUUUUUUUUUCUGAGGAAAAUCCAUUUAAUCGUUUUUGCUAUUAGUUUCUAAUCUAAGCCAGAUUUUUAGUAGCCUACUACAGCCUAGACUUUACUAUCUUGAAUUGUCCUGUGCGCACGAGAUUGCUGUAACUAACCUGGUCUCCCUUUGUGCUGUUUUAUAGCAAAAACGAUUUAAUGGAGUUUUCUGAAGAAAAAAAUAAACAAAGAAAGGAAUCCUGGGAGAAAAUUAUCAAAAUCGUACCCCUGUACGUUUUUAAUGGCCCGCUCGCAUUUCUUGCCGCAAAGGCCGUGUGUGCUCAAGCGUGCAUAAUUAUGAAUUUAUUAGUGAAAAAAUCUAAUAGAAGCCAUUAUUCUGGUGGUACUGCGGUUCAGCAGCCGGUUAUUUUUUUAUUUGUUUUUUUACCAUCGUAUGACGUUAUUUCAAAAAGCGACCCGCGCUCCAAUCUCAAGAUGGAUGCGUUAGUCGGGUGUCACACGCUGUCGUGGCGUCUCCGCAGACCAGCCUGAAAAUGAAAGCUUCCCUCAGACAAGGCCCACAAUUCUCUGUGAUCACUGUCAGUUUCUACCUCUCUACCAAAACUCUUCCCUACUGCUGCAGCUAUGGAAUUAUAAGAACUUAAUUGUCAUAAAUGAAAACAAAAACCAUUUUACGCAGACGGUUCCAAAUAUAUGUCAAUGCAAACGAA